GUCGGGCGCCGGCCCCUGCGGCGGAUUUGGGCGCGACGCGCCGGGCGGUGGUUCGACUGGCGGCCGUGCGGGCGGACUCGCUCCAGAGUGGCUCCCACCCCUUCUGCAGCGGAGGAGUUGCCGCAUACCGGGUCCUGCAAGCCUUUGGACGCCUGUCCUUCCCCUGCGGAUAUAGUCAACGCCUUGCUUAGAAAAUGGGGCCUUCGAGACGCCUCAUUACCAUCAAAAGGAGCGGGGUCGACGGCCCCCACUUUCCCCUGAGCCUCAGCACCUGCUUGUUUGGAAGGGGUAUCGAAUGUGACAUUCGUAUCCAGCUUCCUGUUGUGUCAAAACAACAUUGCAAAAUUGAAACCAAUGAGCAGGAGGCAAUAUUAUAUAAUUUCAGCUCUACAAAUCCUACACAAGUAAAUGGGUCUGCUAUUGAUAAGCCUGUACAAUUAAAACAUGGAGAUGUAAUAACUAUUAUUGAUCGAUCUUUCAGGUAUGAAAAUGAAAGUUGCCAGAAUGGAAACAAGUCAACUGAAUUUCCAGGAAAAAUUCCAGAACAGGGACCAUCACGCCGUGUGUCAAGAUCUAGCUUCUCUUCUGACCCUAAUAAGAGUGAGGGAAGGCCUUUGAAAAGAAGGCGUGUGUCCUUUGGUGGUCGUCUAAGACCGGAAUUGUUUGAUGAAAACCUGCCUCCUAAUACACCUCUCAAAAGAGGAGAAACACCAACAAAAAGAAAGUCUCUGGUCGCUCACACUCCAACUGUCCUGAAGAAAAUCAUUAAGGAACAGCCUCAAGCAUCAGGCAAAGAAGAGUCUGCUUCUGAAAUCCAUGUGAAAACGAUGGCACAAAACGUGUUCGUGCGCUCUCCAGCUUCCAGUCCUAGGACCACUCCGGUUGCCAGUGCACAAAGCCGGAGGUCAUGCAGAGAAUCCUCUGCUUCAGGUGGCAGCAAAUCUCAGACAGAUAUUCCUAAGAGAGGAGGGAGAAAGAGUGGCAACCUGCCAUCAAAGAGAACUUCCAUCAGCCGAAGUCAACAUGGUAUUUUACAGAUGAUUUGUUCCAAAAGAAGGAGUGGUGCUUCUGAAGCCAAUUUAAUUGUUGCAAAAUCGUGGGCGGAUGUAGUGAAACUUGGUGUGAAACAAACACAAACUAAAGUUGUAAAACAUGGCCCUCAAAGGCUAAAGAACAAAAAACAAAGAAGACCCAAAACUCCAAAGAAGCCUGUGGACGAUGUUCACAAUCAGUUUAGUACCGGCCAUGCAAACUCUCCUUGCACCAUAAUAAUAGGGAAAGCUCAUACUGAAAAGGUAAAGGUGCCUGCUCAGCCCUACAGAAUGCUGAACAACUUUAUUUCCAACCAAAAAUUAGACUUUAAGGAAGAUCUUUCAGGACUAAGUGAAAUGUUCAAGACACCAUUGAAGGAGAAGUCACAAUUGAUGAGCUCCAGUCCUGUCACUCUUUCAAGUUCAGAGAAUUUGCUUGGAAAAAAGUUUCAAGUGACUAAUUCAGGAGAAAAACCUCUGCUAACCACUUCCGAGAGUUUCGGAGAAAAUGUACUCUUCUGUACUCGGAAUGGAGCAAAAGAGCCUGAUACACACUCUGCCAGCCCUGCCUUACAGUGGCGGUGUGUAAAAGAAAAUGAAACUCUAGUGAAAACUCCAAGGAACAUCUAUAAAGCGACUCCUGUUAAGAUGAAAACCUCAGAUACUGAGACAGAGCCUUCAAAGACAGUAUCCGGUGCAAACAGAUUAAGAAGGUCCACGGAGCUCAGAAAUCUGCAGAAGCUGCCUAUAGAAAGUAUGAAUGAAGAAACAAAAACUGGCACUGUUGAGGACAUCAUGGGCAAAUGUCUGAGGAGGCCACCACUACGAGAAAAGAAAAUAGAAGGAGAGAUGAAGGAAACUGAAAGACCUUUUGAAACACGUAAGGAAAUUAUCGAGUCAAAAGAAAAUUCUGAAAUGAUGGCAGCUGGAAGGGGAUCAAGAAGAAGUUGGGGACAUAAAAAUGAACCAGCUUCCAACCCAGCAGGACUCAAGAGAUGGCCAAAAACUGCAUCCAUGAAGGACAUGACAGACACCCAAGAUCUCCAAACACCAGAUCUCACAAAGGAACCAAGGAAUGAGAAGGAUAAGACCACUAAACUAUACCAGACAUCUUUACAAGCAGAGCCAGUCAACACUCCCACAAGCAUGAACAGACAGCUCAGAACAUCUCUGGGGAAAGUGAAUGUGAAAGAAGAGCUUUCAGCACUUGGCAGGCUCUCACAAACACCAGGGCCAACCGUGAACACACACAAAGAACCAGUACCUCGAGGCACUCCACAGCAGAAAGUGGAUCCAGAAAAUUCUGUAACUGGAGUGAAGAGAUGGCCAAGAGCAGCUAAGGAAGAGGUCCAUCCCCUGGAAGGUCUGUCUAGUUUCAAAGAACUCUUCCAAACACCAAAACACAGUAAGAAGCCCACAACUGAGGACAAAACUCCUAAAAUACACAGCAAAUCUUUACAGUCAGAACCAGUGAACAUCCCAAGCACAAAAAGAUGGCCCAAGACAUCUUUGGGGAAAAUAGCUACAGAGGAAGAGCUGGCUGCACUGAGGAAGCUCUCAGAAACACCAGGAGAAUCCACAUACACCCCCAACGUACCAGCUGAGGACAAAGACAUCAAAGCAUUUAAGGAUUCUGCAGAGCAGAAACUGGACCCAGCAGCAAGUGUAGUUAGCAGCAGGACAAGACCAAGAGCAGCUAAGAAAGAGUCCCAGACCCUAGAAGACCUAUCUGGCUUCAAAGAGCUUUUCCAAACACCAAAUCACAAUGGCAAUGGCACAACUGAUAACAAACCUACUAAUAUAUCCAGCACAUCUCCACAACCAGAACCAACAAACGCCCCAAUAGGCACAAAAAGACGGCCCAAGACAUCUCUGGGGAAAAUGAAUGUAGAAGAACUGUCUGCAUCAAGGAAGCUCUCGCAAACACCAGGGGAAGCUACACAUACACUCAAGGUACCAGGAGAGGACAAAGGCAUCAUUGCAUUUAAGGAAACUGCAGAGCAGAAACUGGGCCUGGCAUCAAGUGUAACUGGCAGCAGGAAGAGGCCAGAGAGCGCUGAGAAAGAGGCCCAGCCUCUAGAAGACCUGGCUGGCUUCAAAGAGCUCUUCCAAACAUCAGGUCACACUGAGGAGUCAAUGACUGAUGAAACACUAGACUACCCUUGCACAUCUCCAGGACCAGGACUAGUGGCCACCCCAGUAAGCAUGAAGACACAGCCCAACACAAGUCUCAGGAAAGCAGAUGUGGAGGGAGAAUUUUUAGUACUCAGGAAGCGUCCCACAACACCAGGGCAAACCGUGCACACACACAAAGAACCAGUGCCUCGAGGUAAAGGGACCAAAAUGCUUCAGGAAACUCCACGGCAGAAAGUGGACCCAGAAAACUCUGUAACUGGAGUGAAGAGAUGGCCAAGAGCAGCUAAGGAAGAGGUCCAUCCUCUGGAAGAUCUGUCUGGCUUCAAAGAACUCUUCCAAACACCAAAACGCAAUGACAGACCUACAACUGAGGGCAAAACUGCUAGAAUAUCUAGCAAAUCUCCACAACCAGAACCAGUGAACACCCCAAUAGGCACAAAAAGACGGCCCAAGACACCUUUGGGGAAAAUGGGCACAGAGGAGGAGCUGGCUCCACUGAGGAAGCUUUCACAAACGCCAGGGAAAUCCACACACCCCCCCAAGGUACCAGCUGAGAACAAAGAUGUCAGAGUAUUUAUGGAAUCUGUAGAGCAGAAACUUGACCCAGUAGGAAGUGUAGUUAGCAGCAGGAAGAGGCCAAGAGCCCCUAAGGAAGACACCAAGCCCCUAGAAGACCUUUCUGGCUUUAAAGAACUCUUCCAAACACCAAAACAGAAUGGCAAUGCCACAACUGAGGAUAAAACUACUAAAAUACCCAGCAAGUAUCCACAACCAGAACUAGUGAGCACUUCAACAAGCAUGAAAAGACGGCCCAAGACACCUUUGGGGAAAACAGCUAUAGAGGAAGAUCUCUCAGCACUGAGGAAGCUCUCGCAAACACCAGGGGAAUCCAUGCACACACCCAAGGAAACAUUAGAGCACAAAGGCAUCAUAGCGUUUAGGCAAUCUGCAGAGCAGAAACUAUACCCAGCAGCAAGUGUAACUGGUAGCAAGAAGAGGCCAAGGGCAGCUGAGGAAGAGGCCCAUCCCUUGGAAGAUCUGUCUGGCUUCAAAGAGCUCUUCCAAACACCAAGACACAGUAAGAAGGCCACAACUGAGGACAAAACUACUAAAAUACCCUGCACAUCUCUACAAGCAGAACGAGUGAACACCCCAAUAUGCACUAAAAGAUGGCCUAAGACACCUUUGGGGAAAAUGACUGUAGAGGAAGAGCCGUCUGCAUCGAGGAAGCUCUUGCAAACACCGGGGAAGCCCACACACACAUCCAAGGUACCAGGUGAGGACAAAAGCAUCAGAGUGUUCAAGGAAACUGCAGAGCAGAAACUGGGCCUGGCAGCAAGUAUAUCAAGCAGCAGGAGAAAAUCGAGAGCAGCUGAGAAAGAGACCCAACCCCUAGAAGACCUGGCUGGCUUCAAAGAGCUCUUCCAAACACCAGGUCACACUGAGGAGUCAAUGACUGAUGGCAAAACCACUAGACCACCUUGCACAUCUCCAGACCAGGACUAGUGGCCACCCCCAGUAAGCAUGAAGACACAGCCCAACACAAGUCUCAGGAAAGCAGAUGUGGAGGGAGAAUUUUUAGUACUCAGGAAACUAACGCCAUCAUCAGGCAAAGCCAUGCAUACACCCAAACCACCUGUAGAUGGUGAGAAAGGCAUCAGAGCCUUUAUGGGAACUCCAAAGCAGAGACAUGACCUGGCAGAAGAUUUAACUGGGCACAAGAGGAGGCCAAGAACCCCUAAGGAAGAGGCCCAAUCCCUAGAAGACCUGUCUGGCUUCAAAGAGCUCUUCCAAACACCGGGCCACACUGACAAAACAAUGACUGUUGACAAAAGCACAAAAGUACUCUGGAAAUCUUUACAACCAGCAGCAACCAACACUCCAAUGAGCACAAGCAGACAGCUCAGGAUAUCUCUGGGGAAAGUGGAUGUGAAAGAAGAGCUCUCAGCAGUUGGCAGGCUCCCACAAACACCAGGGCAAACCGUGCACACACACAAAGAACCAGUGCCUCGAGGUAAAGGGACCAAAAUGCUUCAGGAAACUCCACGGCAGAAUGUGGACCCAGAAAACUCUGUAACUGGAGUGAAGAGAUGGCCAAGAGCAGCUAAGGAAGAGGUCCAUCCUCUGGAAGAUCUGUCUGGCUUCAAAGAACUCUUCCAAACACCAAAACGCAAUGACAGACCUACAACUCAGGACAAAGCUGCUAAAAUACCCUGCAGAUCUCCACAACCAGAGAAUCACAAAAUGGACCCAGAAAACUCUGUAACUGGAGUGAAGAGAUGGCCAAGAGCAGCUAAGGAAGAGGUCCAUCCUCUGGAAGAUCUGUCUGGCUUCAAAGAACUCUUCCAAACACCAAAACGCAAUGACAGACCUACAACUCAGGACAAAGCUGCUAAAAUACCCUGCAGAUCUCCACAACCAGAACCAGCAAACACCCCAAUAGGCACAAAAAGACAGCCCAAGACAUCUUUGGGUAAAAUGAAUGUAGAGGAAGAGCUGGCUGCACCAAGGAAGCCCUCGCAAACACCAGGGGAACCCAGAAACACACUCAAGGUACCAGUUGAGGACAAAGACAUCAUAGCGUUUAAGCAAUCUGGAGAGCAGAAACUGGGCCUGGCAUCAAGUGUAACUGGCAGCAGGAGAAGGCCGAGCGCAGCUGAGAAAGAGACCAGGUCCCUAGAAGACCUGGCUGGCUUCAAAGAGCUCUUCCAAACACCAGGUCACACUGAGGAGUCAAUGACUGAUGGCAAAACCACUACACCUUGCACAUCUCCGCAGGAACUAGUGCCACCCAAACGCCAUCAUCAGCAAGCCAUGCAUACACCCAAACCACCUGUAGAUGGUGAGAAAGGCAUCAGAGCCUUUAUGGGAACUCCAAAGCAGAGACAUGACCUGGCAGAAGAUUUAACUGGAGUGAAGAGAUGGCCAAGAGCAGCUAAGGAAGAGGUCCAUCCUCUGGAAGAUCUGUCUGGCUUCAAAGAACUCUUCCAAACACCAAAACGCAAUGACAGACCUACAACUGAGGGCAAAACUGCUAGAAUAUCUAGCAAAGCUCCACAACCAGAACCAGUGAACACCCCAACAAGCAUGAAAAGGUGGCCCAAGACACCUUUGGGGAAAACGGGUACAGAGGAAGAGCUGGCUGCACUAAGGCUCUCACAAACACCGGGGGAAGCCACAGACACCCGCAAGGUACUAGGUGAGGACAAAGGCAUCAGAGCAUUCAAGGAAUCUGCAGAACAGAAACUGGACCCAGCAGCAAGUGUACCUGGCAGCAGGAAGAGGCCAAGAGCAGCUAAGAAAGAGGCCCAGCCCCUAGAAGACUUGUCUGGCCUCAAAGAGCUCUUCCAAACACCUAAACACAAUGACAAGCCCACAACUGAAGAUAAAACUACUAAAAUACCCAGCAAAUCUUUACAGUUGGAACCAGGGAAUACCCUACUAGCCACCAAAAGAAGGCCCAAUAGACAUUUGGGGAAAAUAUCUACAGAGGAAGAGCUGUCUGCACUGAGGAAGCUCUCGCAACUGCCAGGGGAAUCCACACACUUACCCAAGCUACCAGGUGAGGUCAAAGGCAUCAAAGUGUUUAAGGAAUCUGCAGAACAGAAACUGGACCCGGUAGCAAGUGUACGUGUUAGCAGUAGAAGGCUGAGAGCAGCUAAGGGAGAGGCCCAGCCUCUGGAAGAACUGUCUCACUUCAAAAAGCCCUUCCAAACACCAGGUCACACUGAGGAAACUCUGACUGUUGACAAAAGAACAAAAGUAUCCUGCACAACUCUACAACCAGAACCACUAGACACCGCAAUAAGCACAAGGAGACGGCCCAAGGCAAAUCUCAGGAACGUGUCUGCACUGGGGAAGCUCACAGAAACGUCGGGGGAAUCCACACACAUGCACGAAGUUCCAGUAGGCAACCACAAAGGCAUCAAAGCGUUCAAGGAAUCUGCAGAGCAGAAACUGGACCAGGCAGCAAGCGUAACUGGUAGCAGAAGAAGGCCAAGGGCAGCUAAGGAAAAAGCCCAGCCCCUAGAAGACCUGGCUGGCUUCAAAAAGCCCUUCCCAAUACCAAGUCAUACUGAGGAGUCAAUGACUGUUGAUAAAAGCACAAAAAUGUCCUGCAAUUCUCCACAGCCAGAGCCAGUGGAUACUGUGGUAAGCACGAGAUGGCCCAAGAGAAGUCUCCGGAAAGUGUCUGCAAUGAUGAAGGUCACGCAAGCCUCAGGGGAAUCCACACAUGCCCAUGAAAUUCUAGUAGUUAAGGACAAAGGCAUCAAUGUGUUUAAGCAAUCUGCAGAGCAGAAACUGGACCUGGCAGCAAAUAUAACUGACAGUAGGAGAAGGCCAAGAGCAACUAAGGAAAAAGCCCAGCCCCUAGAAGUCCUGGCUGGCUUCAAAAAGCCCUUCCCAGCACCAGGUCACACUGAGGAAUCAACAACUAGUGCUAAAACCGCUACAUCGCCACUACCAGAACCAGUGGACACCACAGCGAGCAGGAAGAGACAGCCCAAGGGAAGUCUCAGAAAAGUCUCUGUCCUGCAGAACCUUAUGCAAACAUCAGGGGAAACCACACACACAUCCACAGAACCCCAAGGUAGGGGUAAACGCAUCAGAGUGGCUAAAGAAUCUGCAAAGCAGAAACUGGACCCAGCAGAAAAUGUAUAUGGCACCAAGAGGCAGCCAAGCACAGCUAAGAAAGAGGCUGAAGCCCUAGAAGUUCUGGCCAACUUCAAAGAGCUUGUCCCAGCACCAGGUCAACCUGGGGAACCAAGAAAGGACGCUGAGAGCCUCAAGACUACUCCAAAGCAACCCCCUGACAGCGGGGAACCUCUGAAAACAUUCAGGAGGGUCCUUAGGGCCCCUAAAGCACAAUCCAUGGAAGACAUGGUGGGUACCAGAGACCCUAUAAAAUCGCAGAGCAAAAGCAACACUGCCCUGACCUCCAAGAGGAAGUGCGGAAAAGAUGACUGUGUCUUGGGAACCAAGAGGCUGCGCUGCAUGACUGCCACAGAGGGAGUUGUGGAGGAGGAGCCAGCCAACAAGAAACAGAGGACUGUGCCCAGGGAGAAACACUCACCAACUGAACUCUUGGUAGUAAUGAAGAAAAGUCUGAGAACUUCUGCAGAGAGCAUGGAACCUGUGGGAGAUCUGAACAGCAACAACAUGAAAACUAAGAAAAAGGAACACGAAGCGGAAGGCUCAGUCACUGCAAAUAAGGGAAUAUCUCUGCGCCCCAGACGCCAAAAUAAAUCUGAUGUAGAGCAGCAAAAAACUGAGGUUCCAAUAGCAGCAGAAAAAACUAAAAUAAAGAGAAAUGAAAAGAAGUCUGUGAAGACCUCCCAAGAGUUGGAGACUGAAAACCCAGGUGACAGGGCCAAGGAACCCACAGCAAGGGGCAAAGUCAGUGAAAGCAGAUCAUGCUCAAGAUCCCUCCGGCAGAGUAAGAGCUCCCAGCCCAGCGCGGCACAGGAGGAGGGAGCCAAGCAAGGUGUGGGAACCCACACACAGAACCAGAGAGAGAAAGGAGUAAGAGGAAAUUCAGACUUCAUGCGCUUGAGGUCAAGGAAGGUUCAAAUCCAGCCUGCAGUUAACAUGCUGGGGAGCGAACCUGAGCAGAGAGCAACCCGGGCUAUGAAGAGACGUGCAGAAAAUCCAAAGGAGGGUAAAGACAUUGUGUUCAUCAAGAAAAUGAGAACCAGAAGUCAUCGGGACAGUGAAGAUAUUUAGCAAAGAAAUUUAAGUGGGAAAAAAUAUAAUAAAAUUAGUUUUGUGAUAA